AAUAAAUACACACCUCUUCUUCUCUCUUGCUUCUCCUCUUCUUCGAUCUUCUCUCUUUGAUCUAGGGUUUGGAGAAGCCUUCGUCUUUCUAGGCCAAGAUGAAAGUCUCUGUGGUUUCACGUAGUGGGAGAGAAAUCAUCAGGGGUGGGAUUGAGAUCAAUGACCAGGCUACCGUGAGUGACCUCCAGAAUGCGAUUCACAAGCGAAACAAGAAGUAUUAUCCUUCUAGACAGCGUCUUACCCUCCCUGUGCAACCUGGAACUCAGGGAAGGCCGGUUGUCCUUGAUCCAAAGAAAAGUCUUAAAGAUUAUUUUGAUGGGAACACGAAUAAUGUGACUGUGAUGUUCAAGGAUUUGGGCCCACAAGUUUUGUACAGUACGCUUUUCUUUUGGGAGUAUUUGGGUCCUUUAGUUAUCUACCCCAUCUUUUAUUACUUUCCGGUGUACAAAUAUUUUGGUUAUGAGGGUGAGCGUGUCAUUCACCCAGUCCAGACUUACGCCUUGUACUACUGGUGCUUCCAUUACUUCAAAAGAAUCAUGGAGACAUUCUUUGUUCACAGAUUCAGCCAUGCAACCUCACCUUUGUCGAAUGUCUUCAGAAACUGUGCCUAUUACUGGACAUUUGGCACCUAUAUUGCAUACUAUGUGAACCAUCCACUUUACACUCCUGUCAGUGAUUUGCAAAUGAAGAUAGGUUUUGGCUUUGGUAUAAUUUGCCAGGUUUCAAACUUCUAUUGCCAUCUGAUAUUGAGGAGCCUAAGAAGCCCAAGUGGCAAUGGUGGAUACCAAAUUCCGAGUGGGUUUUUGUUCAACAUUGUGACAUGUGCAAACUACACGACGGAGAUCUAUCAGUGGGUUGGUUUCAACAUUGCUACACAGACGGUGGCUGGCUAUGUUUUCCUUGUGGCGGCUACUUUCAUUAUGACCAACUGGGCCAUAGCAAAGCACCGACGUUUGAAGAAGUUAUUUGACGGAAAAGAUGGACGCCCCAGGUACCCGAGACGGUGGGUGAUACUCCCCCCAUUCUUCUGAAAACAAACACCACCGUAUUGAAAACAUAUAAGACUUCUUAUCUAUGUUAUGUUUAGAAUCAUUCCGGCCAUGUUGUUUGGAAGUAACUUAUUUGAACAAUCGAAUUGUCAUGUGAACAUGUCCUUCGGAAUACUUAAUGCAGAUUCGAUUCCGCAAAUUAUAGUUCAAGUUUUCA